UGGAGUAGCACGCGGUGUCAUAAUUGUCAAUUAAAUACCAAUAAUUCCAUAUUUCUGAUGAACAAUCGCGAUGGCAAUGCUUGACAAAUCAAAUAUUGUGGACUUUUCUAGCCGACCAAGGCGUGUUCAUCAAACUGCAGGGCGAAACUACGACGGGGAAGGUGCAAGAACUCUCGAACUUCGGGGUGUUCUGGACGUGCUCAGUGCUUACACUGGUUAUGAAGGAGGAAUCAACUGUAGCAUGUGUGGAAAGCUGUACAAGAGCAAGGUCUGCUUCAUAAAGCAUCUGUGGGAACACUCUGUGUACUGGGACCUGUUUCCUGGCGAUAAAAACCAUGAGCGUGUUCUUGCCAUCCAAGCUGCCCUCAUCCUAUAUUCCCACUAUCUGGGGGUGUCCCAGGAGGAUGCAGAAAGGCUUUGUGAUCUGCUAGUGACAUCACCAAACUCUCAUGAAAAUGGGCAGACAUCAACGUCAAACUCAGACAUACCAAUGACUUCAAGACUGCACACAACACCAAAGAAAAAUGGCCGACCCGGGCCUUACCAGUACCCAACCACACCGUCAAAGUUUGAAAAAGAGACCCCGCCCGACCCUUAUCCCGUUACCCCACUCCGUGAAAUGGAACCUAAACUUGUUUGUCCCGGUGCUCCUAGGAAAGACAAGCGUAAGGCUUCGCAUAUGAAAAUUCAGCGCACUGCAAGACGAAGACGGCGUCUGUUGCUAGAAUAAAUGGUUUUGUUUUUGUAUCUUUAGUAUUAGUGUAAUUUUUUAUAUGCUGUUAUGUUGUUUUGUUACUCAUUGAUCUGACACUUAGUGCUAUUUUGUUAAAAGGUGAAAUACAAAAAUAUAAUUUUGAAUUUGUUAAAUAUGUUUAGCUAUUUUUAAGUUUCCAAGAUUUGUUUUUAAAAUUUAACCUGUUUAGUUUCAUUAAAAAGGAAAAAAGUUGUUCAUAUAGUCGAAAAAAGGUUUUAUUACCGGUAAUCAGUAUUGAAAAUGCUCCAUGCUGAUUUUUUUGAAUUUUUUUAAGUCACAAGUGUCCUUGCUUUUUAUAAGUUUUAUACCUACAUUAUAAUUGGUAGACUUUUAAAUCCUGUACGAGAUCAAUGAUCUGUAUAUAUGUUUUCCAGGGCCAAAUAAUUGCCUUACAUUUGAUAAUGUGAUUGUUCGUGUUGUGUUUAGCGCCAUCCUAUGCAUUUUAGGUACUCUUGUAUAAAAUGUAAAUACCUGUUUAGAGUUUAUGACAUGUUCAGCCUUUGUUUAACUGUAAAUAGAUGUAUUGUUUGAUCAUUUCUGUAUUGAAAGAAAAUUGUGCUAAUUUGUUUAUGCUGUAGUGCUGUCUGUCAAUUUGUUAAUUCUAAAAAGUGAAUCGUGACAAAAAAACAAGUUUAGCUAAAGCAUAAUUUUUUAUUGACUCGAUAGGUUAUUUCAGAAUUAUAUUGCAAUAUAUUUCAUAUUCUUAUAAUCUAAAAAGCAGUAUCAUUACUUUCGGUUAAUAAUUAAUAACACUGUCAAUAAAAGAGACUCUUUCAUGUUCUAGAAGGUCAAAUGUUAAAACAAAAAUAUGAGAAUGGGAAGAAAACGCUUGUGUCAAUGAUAAAACAUUUUCAAGAUUUCAAAAUAAUGCUCUAAUGUUAAAAAUCAUUUAUUUCUUUUGAAAUUUGAAAAAAACACUUGUUUCAAUGAUCAAACAUUGUAAAAAGUUUACACUUGAUCAAAAAUUAUAAUAAUUUAAAAUGUGACAGAAAUUUCUCUAUUUUGCUAUGUGAUGCAUGUAUGUAGUCAUGCUAUUGAAAAAUUGAGCUUUUAGGCUUGGAUUUACGAAAAUCUACUUAAAAACAAAAGACUUACUGCCAGUGCGGUUAAGGGUUUAUACCGAAAAGUAAGUUAAAUUACUUUAUUUCAAUAAUGUUUAACAAUCUCUUAGUUGCAUCAUUAGUUCUGAAAAAUAUCAAUUUACAAUUGAUAACAGGUCUACCGGUAAUAGUUUUUGCAGCCCUCCAUGUAGAUUUUUUUGUAUACUGAUAUGGACCUGUUUAUAGUAGUAUGCGAUGUGUUAUGUGCAAUUAAUUUUUAUCAUUUGUUCAAAAUUUGGAUCAAAAUCUAAUUCUUUGAAAGGUUUAGAGGGAAGACACCUUUUAAUGAGAUUUUUUAUGAUAUAUGCAAUGUUAUUAUCAAGUGAAUUUGCUUUCAGAAGAAUGUGUUCAAAUAGAUCAAUGUACAUUUAACAGAAAACAGUUUGGUACAAAAUGUGUUCAAUAAUCGUACAAAAUGUGUUCAAUAAUCGUACAAAAUGUGUUCAAUAAUCGUGCAAAAUGUGUUCAAUAAUACAAUGUACAUGUAGAUUACUUAGUUAUAUCAAUUGAUUACUAAAGUAAUAGUAAACAUCAUGCUUUUGGCCAAUAUAAAUCAUUUGCUAGAUUUUCAUCCGAUUUUUUUUCUAAAUCGGGGGCGUGAGGUGACUUUAUUAUUUUUCAUUUUUCUUGGAUGACCGUUUUACAGUUGAACAUGUGUUCAUGCUCUUUUAUUUUGUAUAAGGGACCAUAUACAUUUACCAAGAACACGAUUAUAACAGUUCUCCUUUCUUACAUGUGAAUGUUAAACAUCGACUCUGUAGGUAUGAAUAAACGCUGUUCCAAGACACUUAAGGACAGAUACACAAAUGGAGACCUAGUUCAACAUUUUAAUUAAGUCAAUCAAAUUUAUAAACGGCAGAAAAAAAAACACAAGCGGGGAUGAAAAUCUAGCAAUUAAUUUAUAGCCGUCUCGUGAUUCUUUUUUUAGCAAUAUGUGAAGGUUUACUUUCAAGUGAAUUUGCUUUCAAAAUAAUGUGUUCAAAUAGAUGACUGUACAUUUAACAGUGUACAGUUUGAUACAAAAUGUGUUCAAUGUUCAUUUAAUGCAAUGUUCAUGUAGAUUACUUUGUUACAUGUAUAUAAAAUAAUUGAUUACUUUAGUAUCAGUAAUAAACUAAUAAUUAUGCACUGAAAUGGCUCGUUCACAUUUUAUAGGGUCGAACUUUAAAAAACAAAUGAGCUGACGAUAAUAAAACAUUGAAAGUUUAAAUUAGUGCUCUUUUGUAAAUUGUUGUCUUAAAAUAUGACAAAAAUGUUCUAUUUUGUCACAAACUAAAGAGCUGUUGAAAAACUAACAUUUGUAGGUAAGGACUUCUAAAAUUUUGUGCCUGAGUACCUGCCAUUUGCUUUGUAGUUUUUGCUCAAAGGAAUUAAAAAAUAAUAAAUAAUUAAUUAGUGUAAUGUUUAAAAAUAUUGGGGGGGGGCUCUUUUUGAAGUCUUGUAAAUGUGUAAGCUAAGUAAUAAGUAUAUUUGUGCAUGUAUAUAUGUUUGUGAUAAGUAGAAUCUAGUGGCAUUAGACUGUAGUUUUUGUACAGGACUAAUCAUGUUAUCAUGUGCUUAAAAGUUGCAUUGUGAAUUUGUUGAGUAGAUUUAGUAAAAAUUCUUUUUAUAAAUUUCUUAUGACAUAUAAUCAAAAAAUAAAACAAGUAGUUUAAAUUGAAUAAAAUGAUCAUUGUUAAUCAUUUGAUGACAAAACCUGCAAAAUUGACUUAAUAUCGGGUCUGGUAAUAAAAUGUCUUAGUUGUUUCCAAACUUUAGUCACUUUCAAAAUUCAAAUUUAAGUAUCUCAUUGGUCAAAAGAUACAAAAACUUAAUAAUUUCUGGUAAACAAUAUUUUUAUUGCAUUUUAUUUAAAAUUGAACAUUCUUUAUGACAAAAACAAAUAAACAUUCCUUUUUUUUCACCACAAAAUUGUAUCAAGAAAUCAACACAAGUUAAAAAAUGACUUAAGAUACUUAAUGUAAACUGCCCCUGAUGUACGAAUAAGCUUGCUAUCAACAGUAAUGUUAAAUGUUCAGGCCUGGUUAAUCCAUAUAUAUGGGAAGGUAUUUUCAAGUUUUCCAAUUAUUUUUUUCAGUUAAUCAGCAGUUAUUGAUUUUUAUCAGGUGAAGUGUUAGAUUUAAACAGUGGCUGGCCCAGUAAGUGGGAAGCUUAUGCAAUAAAAUGUUGACAACUAAAUUUUUCAAGGAUUAACUGCGUCGCAUCAAACACAUCAUUUAAUUUUUUUUAAAAACAUACUAACAAUCGUUUAACCAAUGUAAGAUAUUUAAGAAUGAUUUCCCACCAUUUACUCAGACUAUAACUGCACCUGUGACAAUAAUAUUGUAGUUCUGUUAAAUUGUUGGGGUUAGAAUAGAAUGGAAUUCAUCACACUCUGUUAUACAAGUGAAAAAAAGAAACUUUGAGUGAUGUUUAAAAUAUUCUUAACAAAGACAUUUGCUGAUAAACAAUAUAUAUGUUCAUAUUAAUGUAACUAGGAAUCAGAAAAAAGUAACUCCCAUAACUGUUAUUUUUUCUGAUUUACAUCAUUGUUUAAUUUUUCUUAGUUCAUUUUUGUUCUGCUUUAAUAUAAGCAACUUCUUGUACCUAACUUUCUAUCUGAUACGAAUCUCUCGCUAUGAAGGCUUUGUAUCUUAUCGGUACUUUUCAAUUUAGGCUCUAAUUUUCUGUUUUUCGUACCGUGUAUAAUUUGUUUCUGGAAAACGUUUGCUUUUUCAGAGAAAUAUAUGCCAGUUUAUGUAGUUAGUUUAAAGCCAUUUGGGUGAUAUGCAUUUGAUUUUUAUCCUUUGAGUAAAUGUUUUAUUUCUACUGUAAAUAUUGUUAAGACUGUUUUGGGGAAAUGUUUGUUCGAUAUGCAUGGAAUAAAUCUGCAUUUUUC